CCGAGGCUAGCUAGUACCGUACAACCGAGUGGCGCUGCAGGAGCUGAGACACGAAGUGUAGGACGGCGAACUUCUCAAACGUCUGCUCCAAGCGUACAAACGGGUACCACAGUUUUGCGGCAGGAAUCAAAACAAAUUACCACCACACCUCAGUCAGCGUCAUCUCAAUAUUUGCAACUUCUUCGAACAUUGUACAAACGUUACCAUAUAAAGUACUUAUUCCCAUUGAUUUUUAUUAUGUUCUAUAUGGUCGUCGGUUCUGUGAUAUUCUAUUUACUCGAAUCUUCUACUGAUCAAAAUUCCAAGGAUGAACAAUAUCAAGUUUAUAUUCGUGAACGAGAACUACUUCGACGACGAAUGGACGAAAUACUCAGCGAUCGAGCGGCAAGACGACGUGAAGUACGAAGGAAAUUUAUUGACGACGCAGUCGAAUACUUUGAAAAUCAAGUGGGAUUCUCGGUCAGCAAUGAAUCGCAGUGGAACUUGAUGUCAGCUAUGUACUACUCUGGCACACUUUUUACGACUAUAGGUCAGCAGCUUGUUAUAAUCUUGUAUUUUUAA